ACGAGGUUAUGGCGGGGUUUUUCACCUUGCGCUAUUAAUGCUAAAGAAUGGUGCCUAUGCGCGGCUCGAAGUUCAAAUUUGAGGAGGGAGAAAAAGUGUUGUGCUAUGAACCAGAUCCAACAAAGGCGAGGGUGUUGUACGAUUCCAAGGUGCUUGAAGUUAAUGUGAACAGGGAUAAAAAAGGACGUAAAGCUGUGGAAUAUCUUAUUCAUUUUCAGGGCUGGAAUUCCUCUUGGGAUCGCUAUGUUAGUGAGGAUCAUAUUUUGAAGCACACAGAAGAGAACUGGAAGCUUCAGAAAGAACUUGCAGAGAAAGCGCAGCUAAGGCCAACUGCAUACCUGUAUCGGCGAGAUCACAAGGGGCCGAAAGGUAACGAGGUAUCCAUCAAGAGAAAUAACAAAUCGGAACGUAGCACUGGUCAUCGCACAGCAUCUGCUACAACCUCCCGGGAAGGUAGCCCUGAUUCUUGCAGUACUUACGACACUUCUUUGGACAAAGAUGAAAGUAAUAGGAGGAAACGUGUUACUGAUCACAGAAAAAAGAGAGAAAAGAGUGUGAUGGAAGAUGAACACUUAGGCAAUGCUUAUGAAGAUGACGAUAGUGAUGACUAUGGUGUAAAACAUGAAAGUGAUAGUGAUGAUAGCAGAGAAGCACACAGUGAUGAUGAAGUGGAUGAUCAUAAUCAGUGUGGUGAUGGUGAUCUCGCUUGUGAUCAAGACUCAGAAGAUUUUGUUGAUCAUAACAACUCUGAUAACAGUGAGUGUACCACUGAAGAUGAAGCCAGUGGAGAAGAUGCAGAGGAUAUUAGCCAGUCAGAGGAAGGGGCUCAAGACACUGCAGAAGAAAACUUCCCAUUGGAAUUCACUGCUGUUAUGAGAGACAUACUGGAUUUGGAUAAUGAACUUAUUAAAAAUACAAAUAAGCUUGUGAUAUUGCCAGCAAAGCCAAAUGUUGUGACAAUUCUGGAAUCUUACGUCAGAGAAUAUGCCAUUAAUCAGAUCUGUGGUACUCCAGAUAACUUACGCCGAAAGUACAGGCGGCGUCACAAUCACCAGAAUGGACCACUUGAUAUAGAACGAAUAAACAGAAGUAUUAAUAUAUGCAAAGAAGUUGCAGAUGGUGUAAGAAUUUAUUUUGACUUCACUCUGAGUGGCCUGUUAUUGUACAAUGAAGAAAAAGAGCAAUAUGAACAAACUCGGAAUAUGAAUAUUAAAAGGGAGACCGAUCUGGGUAGGUGCCAACAGUUUGAAAAGACAUUCACGGAGCCAUUGUCAUACAGACAUAGAGGCAAAAGAUUUCAUAACCACAGGAGCACAUCUAAGGUGGACGACAAAGAGUCAGAGAAACCUCUUAUGAGAAACCCUGACUGUAGUGCCAAUAAUGGCAGUUUUUUUGUUCUGGUUGUACCAAAGAAAGAACCAUUGCCGGAAGAACAUGAUAAAUUGCCCAGCACCAUAAACAGCUCCUUGAAAUGUAAAACUUCUGGUUCGGUGCCAAGUGUAUCAUCUGUAGAAGAUAUGUUACGCUCCAGGGGUUGUCCACCUGCAGCUCUGAAGUUUCUUUCAUCGCAAGUUUUGGAGUGGCAUUUAGUUCCCGAGUCAAUGUAUACAGAGAAACCAUCACCACCUUCUCUUGUUUAUGGAGCAGUGCAUUUGGCAAGAUUAUUUGUUAAAUUACCAGGCCUCCUCCAUAAUACAGACAUGCAGGCAAGAAAACUUAAGCUUGUGUUGAGACACUUGCAGCUAAUUCUAAAGUACCUUGAACAAAAUAAAACCUGGUUCGGCGAAGAGUUCUAUGAAAGUAGUUUGGUACAGAAAAUGGAAUGACACACAUGAGUGUUUCACAUAAAGCUGGUACUUUGUUACCCUAGUACAAAAAUUAUUCUGUAAUUUUUAAAGGACAAAAACGUUUACAUUUUUAUCAAACUAACAUUGUUCAGCAAACGAGACAGCAUGUCUAAGGUUCUUUGUAUUAUACUGCUAAGAAGUUUUCAUUUACUCAAAAUUUUGAUAAGAGCAUGAUACUUUUUGCCGUUACAGAGAACAUUGCAACGAAGGAUUUGUGUCGGAAACUUGCUAAGUUUUUCUACAUGGGCAUUGUUAUUGGUGUUCAGUGCAGUGCUUCAUAUCUCAAGCCUGUGCAGUGCAUGCUUUGUAAAACAUAAUUGUAUUUAUUUUAUGUUUGAUAUUUUUUUUUCUUGUUCCUUGAGUGCAGAAAAGGAAUGAAAAACACGGAAUACCCUGGUGGUAUGUACACUUGUGUUUUUAUUCAGAUUUAUUUCAAAAUUAGCCUCUUUUGAACCUGAGGUGGUUGUUUUUUGUAUGCUUUCUAUCUGUUAUAAACAUUAACUGAAAUAAAUUAUGAAAACUGAAA